GCGCGCGAGCCCGGAACCCUGUGGGGCAGGACCGUGGGUUCCAUUGGUAUGAAAGUGAUCAGAUGAGAAAGAACUAAACUUGACCAUCUCCGUAGUGACUGGAGUUGAUGGGCAGAGGCGGAGCGAAACGCAUAGGCACCCUGGCCAAUCGGUGUCUAAAGUGGUCGGGGAGCCCCGGCAGAGAACGCGGAGCGAGGGCUGCGCGGUCACCUGCCGCGGGGUCUGGUGGGAGGAGCGCUCACCGGCCGGUCGCGCUUCCUGUUUCCGGUUCCCGGAGUCUGGCACAGCCAAGCGCCUGAGAGAUCGCCGGCCUGUGACACGAGCUGUGGGACUGGGGUCUGCGGCUGGUCGCUGGUGGUCCAGGCUCCGGCUCUCAGAAGGACAUUCGCCUGGGAGUUCUGCCUUUCCUUCUCUGUUUGCCCGCGACACAAGGAUGUUCACCUUCUAUAACUGCUGGAGGACUGAACUAUUACUACUACUUCUCCUGGCUGUGGCAGUGAAACAAUCCCUGCAGGCCGAAGAAAAAUCUUGUGACUUGGUGGGAGAAAAAGAUAAAGAAUCAAAGAAUGAGCAAGCUCUACUGACAAGGCUGAAACCAUUAUUUAACAAAAGCUUUGAGAGCACUGUGGGCCAAGGCUCUGACACAUACAUGUACAUAUUCCGGGUGUGCCGGGAAGCCAGUAACCACAGUGCUGGAGCAGGCCUGGUGCAGAUCAACAAGAGCAAUGGGAAAGAGACAGUGGUGGGGAGGCUCAAUGAGACUCAUGUCUUCAACGGAAGUAAUUGGAUCAUGCUGAUCUAUAAAGGGGGUGAUGAAUAUGACAACCACUGUGGCAAGGAGCAGCGGCGUGCAGUGGUGAUGAUCUCUUGCAAUCGACACACCCUUGCGGACAAUUUUAAUCCUGUAUCUGAGGAGCGAGGUAAAGUCCAGGAUUGUUUCUACCUCUUUGAGAUGGAUAGCAGUUUGGCCUGUUCCCCAGAGGUCUCCCACCUCAGUGUGGGCUCUAUCUUACUUGUCAUAUUUGUAUCACUGGUUGCUGUCUACAUCAUUGGGGGUUUCUUGUAUCAGCGACUAGUGGUAGGAGCCAAAGGAAUGGAGCAGUUUCCCCACUUAGCCUUCUGGCAGGAUCUUGGCAACCUAGUAGCAGAUGGUUGUGACUUUGUAUGCCGUUCUAAGCCCCGCAGUGUGCCUGCUGCCUACCGAGGUGUGGGAGAUGACCAGCUUGGGGAGGAGUCAGAAGAAAGGGAUGAUCAUUUAUUACCGAUGUGAUUGUGCUUUGAAUGUCCAGCCUCUUGUCCCCCAGACCAAAGCAUACUCAACCAGGUUUCUUACACAUCUCCUCCCCUUAUCUCACCUGGCCUUUAGUAGCACCUUGCUUUCCAGUUUGCUUUGCAUUUGCAUCCUCUUCUAUCUGCCUUCCCUGUGCUCCUGGUUUUGUUUUCUAGAGGUACAGUUAGAAGAUACAGGAAGCAGGGCCUGUGAAAACAGGCUACUGCACUACGGUUACCAGAAGGUACAAGACAAGAAAUUUGGGCAAAAGGGUCACCGGCCCUGUGUUUCUUUUUUAACACACUAUCAUAAUUUCUUGAGACACUGGAUUUAAUUAAAAAAAAUCAAAGGAACAUUAUUUAUACAGGCCUGAUGGCGUUCAUGCUAGAACUCUACAGUAGUCUCCAUGAGAAUCUGGAUGUAUGUAACUUCUAGCUGCUUUGCAGUGAUUACUUGGUUGGAAUCCAAGUACUCCAUUUGGUCUGGGCCUGAUGUUCUAGACUUGGGGUUACAAUAGGAAAAAUGUGAAACUUCCCAGUUACAGAACUGUAAGAUACCACACUUGUGGGUAAUGGGUGACUCUGCAACUGAAUUGGGGCUUGGGGUACAGUCUUGUGGUUCAUCACUCUGUCUGUAGCCAAAAUGCCUAACGCAAUAAUCCAGUCCUUAGGCAAGAGAGUUCCGACCACUCUCCUGUGCUCCAAAGGUUCCAGGAGUAGGCAGUAUGUUUACUUUACGGUGGAAUUUCCUUUUUGGUGUUUCUCUCCUGUUUGUAGUAGAAGCUGGCAAAGCUGUUCUUACCCUCUCACUAGUAUUUCCAAACACAUACUGCACUUUUUCACUGGCAUGUGGUUUUGCUUUUUCCUCUCAGCCUUCUGGAAAGGAGAUGGAAGCAGGAAUGGGACACACAGGCUCUGCAGUCCACUCUUCUGGCUGCAGAUGCUGUUGCAGCUCCUGUCCCUGCUGCUGGCUCAGGGAAGUAUGUCUUGCCCACAUUUCUGUGGGAAAAGUUUUUAAUCCUCUGAUACUUCUGUCUUUCUGUGUAGGCCAUGUACCCAGAAUCCCGGGCUGAUCUUCCUAUAAUAGUGAACCCUGGGCCACUAAAGAGUAACAUGGCUCCACUGGACACCAGAAGGAUGGAACCAAUAGGCAGGGGCCUUUUAUAAGCCUUUAGAGAAGAAAAUGGCAUUCUUUCACCUUUGGACUUUUCAGUACUAUUAAUGGUUUUGUGGGCUUUCUCUUUUCUUUCUGAAUAGGAAAACUAAUGUUAUAAAAGCAUCUUUUUUAUUUGCAUCCUUCUCCCAUAUCCUGUGUUUUGAAAUGAAAAAAGGAAUGAUAUACCACUUUUUGUACAAAAACACUUAAUAAUUAAAAAACAGUAAAACA